AAUCUCGCUGGUUGCUGGUCAUGAUCACCACGGUAAGACGAGAUUGGCAUGCUGCGGUAAACGCGUUCGUACUUUUGGUCUUGCUGGGAACGUUCGGAGAAGCGUUCGUCGUUCAGUCUGUGGCACCAUCGUCAUCAUCGUCAUCGCGAUCGGCUUCGGAGAGACACCGCAGCAGCAGCAGAUACCAUGACCCAACAGGAGGAAGCAGUCCAAACCGAGGCAGUACGAGCAGCACCGGUAGGAGCAGCAGCGUCUCCUUACUUCGAGCUACUGAGGCAGACGCAGGGGAUCAUGCGCUGCCGAGCUUGACGAAGCACCACGCACCUCCCGCGCUCAGCGUGCCGGUAUUCAGCCUUGCAACCGUGAACGAGGACGGGUCGACGAACAUGAACAUCGUCACCUACGCUUCGCCGGUGGGUAUCGAGCCGGAACGACUGUGGAUGGUAUCCUUGUUCAAGAGCACUCUGAGCUACGAAAACUUCAUUCGCGAAGGCUGGGGUGUGCUGCAGCUCUUGCAACGAAAUCACGCCCCGCUCGUGCCGAUAUUAGGGCAGAGCAGCGGGAGGGACACGGACAAGGCGGGAAGAUGCGCGGAACAGGCGUUCCCUUGGGACGAGUCAUCAUGCAUAAACGUUGCCAUUAUCCCUGGCUGUGGUUCCUACGUCACGCUGCACAUGGUCAGCAAACAGUCUGCAGGAGAUCAUGACGCCAUAAUCUGCCGAAUGGGGAACAUUUUCGGACCUGAUGAAGACGCAAGUUCGCGACUAGAGGUUCUGGAAUCGGGACAUCUCCGCGAAGCUGGAAUAAUUUGAUUGGUCGAUUCAAAUGGCGGCAUGGGUGGCGUGUCUACUGCUCAAACAUGUUUGCUAAUAAGUAUAAGAUACCCAGCGGUGUGUGCGGAAUAUGUCUGUGGUCAAUGGCACCGGGGUUUCGCGAGUUUGGGAGCUCGAGAGGCGGGUUGCCACUCGAACACUUGAAGAUGUAAGGCUAUGGUCUACUCUGGUCAAGAUGUGUCUUUUCAUCAAAAUGAUGAUUCAUUGUUUGUGACUACAGAGACAAGCGUUUCCUAUCGUCGAAAGCAGUGUUUCACUAGCUUUCCAACGCCACCGCCAGCCCCAUGUACUUGUGAAGGUCAUCUCGAGACGAAAGCCUAGUUAGAACUCCGAACCAUGCACGUGACUUAGACCCGUCCACAGCGUCCUUGACGCUAGCAAGCUUAGCAAAAGGUGCAACCAGGAAUUCUGCACUCUUCACACAAUGGUACCCUGUGCACGGAUGACUGUCGAAUAGUACGCAAAGCUCCGAGUCGUCGGGAGUGGUUACUUUGCG